CAAAAAUAGGAUCUUUGAAGAGGAAAAAAGGAUGUGGGCACUUGGAGUCUUCUCGCAACCAGAUACUCAAGCUCUUGUCAUGGAGAAUAGAGGCAGGAACAAAUGUUGGUGCACAUUGACACUAAAAAAUGUGCGACAUGUUCCUGAUAUGCGUAUGAACCUAUUGUCUGCAAAAGCACUGGAUGAAGAAGGAUACACACACUACUUCGGGAAUGGCAACUGGAAACUCACCAAAGGAUCAAUGGUUGUGGCAAAAGGGAGAGCAUGUUGCUCAUUAUACAAGACACACAUGAAAAUGUGUGGAGGUCAACUGAACACAGUUGAAGAUGAGGCUUUUCCAAAUUUAUGGCAUAAUAGAUUAGCUCACAUGAGUGAGAAAGGAUUGCAACUUUUGGCUAAGCAGUCCCUUAUUCCUAUGGCCAAAGGUGAAUAUGUGAAUCCUUGUGAUGUUUGCCUAUUUGGAAAGCAACACCGAGUUUCUUUUCAGAAGAAUUUGACUCGGAAGGAGAACAAGCUAAACCUGGUCUACUCUGACGUUUGUGGUCCCCUGGAG